AUGGAAAAAUUAAGUGAUGAAAACACUCUUGUACCAAAAUAUUUGCAAGAAGAUGAUUUAGGCGAAGAAUGUAAGGAGUUGUUAACCACAUUGCCAUCAGAAAAAGGUACCACUUGGCUAAAAGCAUUGUCUUUUGCUUUGAUAAACCGCAACAAAUAUCCAAAUAUUCAUAUCAACCAUCCUUUGCUCACUACCAACCCUCAUGAUCUUGUUCCUUUUUGUGACAGAGAUUUUGUUUCUGAUUUCAAAACAAUAUCUCAUCCAAGACUCUACUCUUCUCAUUUACCAUAUGAAUUAUUGCCAAAAUCUGUGAAAGACUCAACUUGCAAGGUGAUAUAUCUAUGUAGAGAUCCUAAAGACAAUUUUGUUUCAUUGUGGCAUUUCAUAAACAAGUUAAGACCAAAAAGCAGUAUAGCAUUUCCAUUCGAAGAGGCAUUUGAGAGUUUUUGCAGAGGAGUAAGUUUUUUUGGACCUUUUUGGGAGCAUGUAUUAGGAUAUUGGAAGAAAAGUUUAGAAAGUUCAGAGAAGGUUAUGUUCUUGAAAUAUGAAGAAAUGAAAAUGAAACCUGAUUUUUAUUUGAAAGAGAUUGCUAAGUUUUUGGAGUGUCCAUUCUCCAAAGAAGAAGAAUCUAGAGGUAUGGUUGAUGAUAUAUUAAAUUUGUGUAGUUUUGAGAAAUUGAGUAACCUGGAAGUCAAUAAGAAUGAAAAAAUGUCUUAUGAAAUUGAAAACAGAUUUUUUUUCCGUCUUGGUCAAGUUGGAGAUUGGAAAAAUCUUCUCACAACAGAUAUGAGUGAGCGCAUAAACACUAUCACAGAAAAGAAAUUUGUUAAACAUGGACUGAGUUUCUAG